AUGGUUACGUGUCUACGACGUGCACGACUUACUCGUCAGGCUUUAGAAGAACACACGGAUUCGUAUGGGGACCCCCGUGUCUUAAACAAAGAAUUUGUAAGCAAGUAUGUUAAAAAACAACAGAAACUGUUCUCCUUUCCUAUAACUGAUGCAGAUAAUGUACAAAGUGUGAAAGCGAAUAACGAAGAUAAUAAAGAUUCGUUGUCAUCCGAUUCUUUUGUAACUGCACGAUCUCAGCAAAAAAUCCCUUUAACAGACGAAAAUACUAAUAAAAUGAUGAACGAUCCAUCAAAUAAAAAUCCUUCACGAAAAUCUGAUACUGAAGAAACUAUGUCAGGUCAUUCUAGACAUUCUAUUGAGCACGGGUUUCCCUCAUUGAAAGGUUCUCUUCUCAUAUCGAGGUCAAAUAUGCGGGAAAAAAAUUCAAGAUCGCCUUUAGAUCGGAAAGCAAAAAAAUUGAGCUCAUGUCAUAGUCAACAUCCGUCACAAGACCGGACCCGUCGAUCAAAAUUGGAAUUCCGAGAUCUCACGAGCCGGGAAAACAUCAAAAAGACCGAUCAUGUUCGAAUGGACACGGAUUUGGCCCCCAAAAAUGAAAGAGCUGGAAAGAAGAGUCGCAUUCAAAAGAGAAAACGAUGUCAAAAAAAUAAAUCAUUGCUUGCGAGCUCCCAAAUUAUGCAGAAGUUUUCAUCCUGUAAACUUGGUACAAAUCGCGUCACGGUAAAUGCUUUGAUUGAAGUUCGAACAGAUAUAAAACCAGGGAUUUUUAAUAAGGGAAAGGCAUCUGAAAAAAUUGUCACCAAAGGAGUUCCUGAUUUGGUUUUCUCGGAAAUCGACUUUCUGAAUUCCGUUCCUUCGAAAAAGCGAAAAAAUAACAAGGAUGACGC